UAGUGACUAAACUUGGAAAGAACCCAUUCUGUAUCUGUCCGAGGAGUUGGAAAUAGAAUCACGAACACCUAAACCGAGAGAGAGAGAGAGAGAGAGAGAGAGGGAGAUGGAGGAAGUGGAUGGAGAGGGUUCAGGAGGAAGCAUCAGAUACACACUGAAGCCGACGCGUAUAAGCAACGAGGACAUACUAUUUUGCAUAGAUGCGGACGCGGAAUCCCUGGUGGAGAUGAAAGCCACGGGCCCAAAUGGUCGUCCGCUUACCAGAUUGGAGUCCGUCAAGCAAGCUAUCCUUCUCUUCGUCAACGCCAAGCUCUCCAUUAACCCCGACCACAGAUUCGCCUUCUCCUUUCUCGCCAAAUCCCCUUCUUGGCUUAAGAAAGAUUUUAGCAGUGAAGUUGAGUUCGCAUUUCAUGCGCUUCAGUUACUGUCAGCAACUUCAUCUUGUGGUCCUGCAGAUCUCACCAAUCUUUUCCGGGUAGCGGCUCAUGAAGCCAAGAAAUCUCGUGCUCAGAAUCGGAUUUUGAGGGUGAUUCUGAUCUACUGCAGAUCAUCUGCAAAACCACAACAUCAAUGGCCUGUAAACCAGAAACUCUUUACUUUAGAUGUUAUAUACCUCCAUGACAAGCCUGGACCUGACAACUGCCCCCAGGAUGUCUAUGAUGCACUUGUGGACGCCCUUGAGCACGUUACUGAAUACAAGGGCUACAUUCAUGAGAGCGGAACAGGGCUAGUGCGUGUGCUCUUCCGUCACAUGUGUAUGCUGUUAGCACAUCCUCAGCAGCGGUGCCAACAAGAGUACCUUGACAUACCCAAGCCCCUUACAAAGAAGUCGCCUGCAUCAGACUCGAUGCCUGGAGAAGAUAACAUUCCUGUCUCCAGCCAAUGAGAGUUUGAAAAGUGAUUUAGCAAUCCUGUGUUAAUUCUUAUAUUUUUAUUUUGUUUGUGUCAGUUUAGGGUUUUCUGAAAGAAGUUGAUAUAAACCUCUUGUCUUUCUGUAUAAAUUCUGAAUAUUUUUCCUUAUGAACAGCCUGGAUGGGUUGUUAAAUGUUA